UGUUUGUCAAAUAAAAACGAAAUGCUACAGUAGCCAAAAAGAACAAAUUUUGCGAACUAAACCAGGCCUCUGUCUAUAGCAUCAAUGCAUCGAUCCUAGCAGUCAUCUGUCAGGCACUGUCUCUCCUCGAUCUUUUGCCUGCUCUGCUGUGUCCGGCCACUAGGCUCGUAGCAGCACAGUUUCCUUGUGCUUGUUCUUUUCUUGCUGCCUGCUUUGCUUUUUUUCUGCCUGUGGCUGUGGGUGCGUGGCUUCAUCAGGCCAUCUUCUUCCUUCCCUCCAUUCCAUUUUCCAUGCUUCCAUUCUCUUCCUCGUACUACUAGCUAGCUAGCUGCAAGAGAAGAACAAGACAGUGUCGCAAAAAAAAAAAAGAGAAGAACAAGACAGACUAGUCAAGUGUUGUGACAGAGAGUGAGUGUGAGAGCUUGCAUUGUGCUUGCCUGCCAGAUCGAUCGGAGGAUAUUAAUUAUGAUAUGAUGGAGGAUUGACAGCAGCUAGCAGCACAUGGAUCCUUCCGCUUCCGUGUGCCGCCUCCACCCGGGCGUCGCCGUCACCGGCUUCUGCCCAGCCUGCCUCCGCGACCGCCUCGCCGGCCUCCACCCUCCCUCCGCCGCCGACCUACGCCGCUGCAGGUCCUUCUCCUACGCGCGCUCUGCAGCCGCGGUGGAGCCGCAGCGCCGCUCCUGCGAUCUCUUCCGCCACGGUCAGCCCAUCGCCGCGGCGUUGCCGGAGGAGGAGGAGGACCAUCACCAGCAGGAGCCCGCCCGCUCACACAGUCACCAACAAUCCAAGAAGUCGUCGUCGUCCUUGGGGGGCCUCCUCGGCAAGAAGCUGCAGCAAUGGCGCCGCAAGAGCAAGAAGGAGCCCGUGGUCAUUCCCGUGCCACUGCCGGAGAUGGAGAUGCCCGCGCCGCACCGUCCUUCCUGCGACGCGGACCCCCGACGAGCUUCGUGGGACGCCCGGUCGGGAUCGGGACCCGUCCCGGCGCUCGGCCGCCUGCCGGCCUCGAUGCUGUCCUUGCCAGUGGAGGACUAUGACGACCGCAUGGCAGCGCCGGCGGUCCCACGCUCCGACGGGCAAAUCCCCGUGGAGGAAGACUACUGCUACUACUACGACAAUGCUGCUGCCGCGGCGGCGGUACCCGGCGGCUCCGUGCAGACGAGGGACUACUACCUGGACUCGUCCAGCUCCAGCAGGAGGCGCCGAAGCGUGGACCGCUCCACCACCUCUGGGCGCAACUCCUUCUCCGACGCCAACAACAGCGAGGCGACGUGCAGGAUGAUGAUGAUGAUGAAUGCCGCCACAGCCAACGGCAAUGCCAGGGUGUCACCGGCGGGAAUCGCCGCAGAAAGGCUGUACCACUACCAUGAGGCCCACCACCAUCAUCAUCAUCAGAGCGUGCUUGUCCAUCAUCAGUACUGCAGCAGGGAAGACGAGGAGGAGGAGCAGCAGGGGCCCAACAAUCUCCGCGCCGACGACUUCUCCGGGAGCUUUGGAUCGGGGUUCCCGUUCCGGGACCGGGAUGGCGUUAGCAAUGGCGUGCCGCCGGCAAGCAACAAGCCUAACAAGAAGGGGAUCAAGGGGUGGAGCAUCUGGGGCCUCAUAAGCAAGAAGAGCAGCAGCAGCAGCAGCAGCAGCAGGAAGUACUCUGCAGAGGCAGCGGCGGCGGCAGCAGCAGGAGGAGGAGGAGGAGGACAGUACGAGUACCCAUGGCCGGAGCUCCGGGCAAGGGGGUACAACGGGCAGAUGCUCCGGUGCAACAGCAGCAUAAGCGCGAGAAGCUCCUUCAGCGGCACUGGGAUCGGGAACGGGAAUUUGAGUGGGAGGAGGAGCAUCUCUGGUCUGGACAUGCGUGAUGCCGCCAAUGGCGGCUUCAGGACGAGGAGGGACGAGGUCCUGCUGGAGAGGAACCUGAGCACCACGAGGUCUUCUUCUUACUCGAGAUCGGGGCAUCAUCAUGAACUUGAUCCGCCGCAGAUGGUAGUGGGAGUGGGAAUGCAAUACCACCACCACCAGCAGCAGUUGAGCAGCGGCAGCCGGCCGCCCAACAUCCCCAGGCGCUCCUCUUCCAAUUCCAAACAUGAAUUCAGCUCGAUGCCUGCUAAGGCCAGGACUAGGAGGAGCACGCUUGGACUCUAGCUGCUGCUGCCGCUGCUCUGUUGAUCCAUCCAUCAAAUUCGAUGUGUCCUUCGGCAUCACUCAUUGAUCGUCCGAUGUACGUAGUUUCUUCUGGCUGACAAGGUGGGCCAUAGCUAGCUAGUGGGGAACUGAACUGCUAGUCCCUCCUUGUAUGUGUUGGGUUAUACUGUACUGUACUAUACUCUCUAGCUGUUAGCCAGUUACAUACACACAGGGCCUUAGCUUGUUACUUCCAGGUGGGUGGGGACUAUAAACGACUUAUUAGCACUACUAGCAACUUAUUUAUCACGUACAGGCCUUUCUUUCUUUCUUUCUUUCUUUCUUUCUUGCUUGUUCUUGUCUAUUGAAUUCGAGCACGCUGUCAGGCCAGGAUCAUUCAGGGACAUACAUAGAUGCAGCAAAAUGAUAGGGGUAAACAACCAACAUUGUUCCCAAGUCCCAACUAAACACACACAUCCUAUUUGUGCAUUGGGUGUACAGUAAUUUGUUUUUUU